CCACUUCCGUAAGAAACAACAACGCACUGCAUGCAGCGACCGGUACUCGAGUGAGUACGUACGAGUAGAGCCUGAGCCUAUGCCUGAGCUUCCCCGACCGCGGUACCCGACGAUUUGUAGCGCUGGGAAUCAGCGCCUACAUUGAUAGCGCCUACAUUGUACUUCCUUAUAUUCUGCUCGUCGUGAUCGUUGUGCAUCAGAAGCUGAUGUAAUGGAUCUUGUAGAACUUGUGGACUGUGUUGAUUUUUCAGCCAAAAAGCAUACAAAUCAACGACGAAAAAAUGCAGCAGAAACUCCGUAUAUCAACCACCCAAUUGGUGUUGCUAGGAUCUUGGCCAAGGAAGCAGGGGUUUCAGACCUGGCUACUCUUCAGGCUGCCAUUCUCCAUGACACUGUUGAGGACACUGACACCACAUUUGAGGAGAUCGAGAAGCAGUUUGGAAAGGAGGUACGAGACAUCGUUGAUGAUGUCACAGAUGACAAGUCCCUCCCGAAGAUGGAACGAAAACGCCGGCAGAUUGAGCAUGCCUCUCACUGCUGCCCAAAGGCCAAGCUGGUCAAACUGGCCGAUAAACUCUAUAACUUGAGGGACUUGGACCAGGAGAUACCCAGGGGCUGGACCAAGGAACGGGCCCAGGAGUACUUCCAGUGGGGCUCACAGGUGGUCCAGGGACUACGUGGCACCAAUAAGGAGAUGGAAGCAAGUCUGGAUAAACUCUUUAAGAAACAUGGUGUCGUGACUGAAACAUAAACAGGAAUUGUUUCAGACAUGAAGCAGUUGUCAUUGGUCUUAUCAGGAUCAGCUAAACAAGAUUGCAAAGGUUUUCUAGAAAAUAACGCAAUAAAGAAGUUGGUUUUCGUUUUAGCCUGCAUUUUGAUAAUCCAGUUAAACCUGAUGCAAGGAUUAAAGUCAUGUUAGGCAAAGGGAAAUCUUAUAUCUUGGCCUAACUUCAUGUUUAAACCUUGGCUUUAGAUAAGUUAGAUUGAGCUGAGAUAAAUCUAGUGUCAGUUGUAAAUUUUAGUAGGAUACUGACAUGAGCAGUCAAUGAUCUUUAGAGUAAUGCCUCGUUCAGAUACGACGUGGUAAAAACCAUGGCAGUUUUGUUGUGACGUAAAGUGUAACAUGCGUCACAUUUCUGUAUCUUAUAACACAGAUUACAGUACCUUUGUGCGUAGUUCCCCAUCAUUUACAUGUUGGACCUUUUUUGGUGGUGAUUUACGGUGUCAUAUCUGAACGAUCCUUUAGAGGUUAUUUAUCCAAAGGAUGACUGGGGGGGGGGUGGUAGUUGUCCAGGAGAUUGUAAUCCAGAGGCAGUUGUCCUAGGAUAGUUUCUUUGCAUGUGUGAGAGGAGUAAAUGAAGGUGUGCUAAAUAUCAUCAAUUAGAUUUAAUUAACUUGCCUUAUUCAACAAUAGCCUUUUGACAAUCUAUAAGUUUAAUAUUCAUUCCUCUAUUUGUCUUUCAUUUUUUUCACAUUGUCAUAAUAAUUCUGUAAAUGGAAUUAGAAUUAACAUCCACAUAUCAUCUCUUUGAAUGCUUUAAUUACAUUUUUAUCUAUAUAUAACUGUAUCUGUGAUUGUUCAAGAAGUGCUGGACUGCUGAUUAUGUGGAGCUAAUAAGUUUUGACAGUACAUUAGUAACUUUUGUUCAAUUUUAUUUAUUAUUUAUGGACAAGUCCAUAGUAUUUGACGUCCCGUCCAUUACAGAGUACAUGUAUUGUGUAGUUCUGUGUGUAAUUUGACAUCAAACAUUUUGUUUUAUAAUAUUGAGGUAAUCAUGCAUGAAUGCCUAUAAUAUAUUCUCCUACUCUUUGGAAAAUGAAACCUGUUUUGAAUGAUGUUGAGGUGGUCAUUCAUCAAGUGCAAUAUGAUACUUUCCCCUUUUGUAAUUAUUCACAUGCUGAUCUACUUAUCUUUCCUAUAAAAGUAUAUACAUGAAGUUCAGGAACUGCAUUUUUGCACAAAAUGAUGAGGCACCAACUGAUGGAAGGAUCGGUUUGUGCAACACAAAGGCUCUGCAAAAUUACCCAUUUCCAGUCUUGUUUAGCUCCAUGACAACCCUUUUACAACACCGGUUAAGAUUAAUCUUGCACUGAAAACAGUUCAAAUAACUUUUGCAUGCACCUUUCUAUCCCAUGAUAAAUACAAUACAGCACAGGAAGAUUGUUUGUGUAGCAUAUAAGAAUUAAAUGUGUUUUAAUUCAGAUUUGUGAGAUUAUCAUUCAAAACACAA